AUGGAUAUCAAUGAGUAUCGUAAACGAGGAAAGGAGAUGGUCGACUACAUCGCUGAUUAUUUGCAGAACAUACGCGACCGUCGUGUGUUUCCCAAUGUUCAGCCUGGCUACAUGCGAAAUUUACUACCCGAAUCGGCUCCCACCGAGGGAGAAGAAUGGAAAGUAAUUUUCAACGACAUAGAGCGUGUGAUAAUGCCGGGAAUAACUCACUGGCAAAGUCCACAUAUGCAUGCUUACUUUCCUGCAUUAAACUCAUUUCCAUCCUUGUUGGGAGACAUGCUGGCUGAUGCUAUAAAUUGUCUUGGAUUUACAUGGGCUUCAUCGCCAGCUUGUACAGAAUUGGAAACAAUAACAAUGAAUUGGCUUGGCAAAAUGAUUGAUCUGCCAGAUGCAUUUUUACAUACAAAAAAUGGAAAAGGCGGUGGUGCAAUUCAAACAACAGCGAGUGAAGCGACUUUGGUUUGUCUUUUAGCUGGAAGAACGAAGGCAAUCAAAAAAUUUCAUGAACAUACAAAAGGUUAUCAGGACGCUGAAAUUAACGCUCGUCUAGUUGCUUAUUGUUCUGAUCAAGCUCAUUCAAGUGUUGAAAAGGCAGCCUUGAUAGGUUUAGUAAGAAUGAGAUUCAUUGAAGCUGAUGAAAAUUUGAGUUUGAGGGGAAAAAGUCUUAGAGAUGCCAUCGAAGAAGAUAUCAAAAAUGGGCUGAUUCCAUUUUGGGUGUGUGCAACUCUUGGAACAACUGGAUCUUGUUCCUUUGAUUGUCUCGAUGAAAUUGGAGAUGUUUGCUUAGCCUUUGAUUUAUGGCUCCAUAUCGACUGUGCUUAUGCAGGGAGUGCUUUCAUUUGUCCUGAAAAUCGAAUCUGGAUGAAAGGAAUUGAAAAAGCAAAUUCGUUGGCGUUCAAUCCAUCAAAGUGGCUAAUGGUUCAUUUCGAUUGUACAGCUAUGUGGGUCACAAACAGUGCUGCGUUGCAUCGAACAUUUAAUGUCGAACCACUUUAUCUACAACAUGAGAAUUCUGGAUUGGCUAUCGAUUAUAUGCAUUGGCAAAUUCCAUUAAGCAAACGAUUUCGCUCUUUGAAACUUUGGUUUGUGAUAAGAAAUUAUGGUGUGAAAGGCUUGCAAAAGCACAUAAGGGAAGGUGUAAGAUUAGCACAAAAAUUUGAAGCUCUCGUGUUAGCUGAUCACCGUUUUGAAAUCCCAGCAGCUCGACAUUUAGGCAUGGUCGUGUUUCGGUUAAAAGGUGAAAAUGAGCUAACUGAAAAACUUUUGAAACGAUUGAAUCAUCGAGGGAAUCUUCACGCUGUUCCAGCAUCUUUAAAAGGCAAAUACGUUAUUCGAUUCACAGUUACCUCAGCCGGAACGACAAAUGAUGACAUAAUUAAGGAUUGGAAUGAAAUUCGACUUGUGGCGACUGAAAUUCUCGAUGAAAGUAAUGUCAAGAUAGAUAAGCGUGUGGCUCUUAAAGAUACUCGUGAGAAGAAUGAAGCUUUUGGAUCAUCUCUUCUACUUGCUAACAGUCCGAUGUCACCGAAGGUUGUUAACGGUAGUUUUGCUGCUAUCAUUGACGCUGAUGAAUUUCUUGCAAAAGCUUACGCUGGAAUUAGAAUUGCGAAUCAAGAUUCUCCUGCAAUGAGAAGACGAGUACGUGGUAUUCUAAUGUCAGGUCGUCAGUUUUCACUUGAUUCUCGAAUGGAUCUUGCAAUUCAAGGAAUUGAACCUUCGAAAAUGAACAAUGGAAAAGCUGAAGUGGCUAUUGAAGAGACUGAUGAGCAGAAUUGGGAAGAUCAUGAACGCGACAUAACUCCAUCAUCGUUCAGAAAAGUAAGAUCCUGCAGUCUGGACGCCGGUGUGACUCAUCUUAAUAUUUCACCAACUUUGAAAAAAGAAAAACAUCAACUAACCGAACCGUUCUCAAAGUUAUCUAAAACCAACUCUUCCAGUUCAUCUUUUAAAUCUAACUUGAAUAAAAUUGACGAAAAUAAAUCCACUGAUGAUGCAUUAGCAUUUGCAAGAAAACGAUGCCCCGACGUUUACUCAAAUAAUUUACAUGAAAAACGACAAUCUGAUCCAAGUUCAGCCAAUUCAAUCAAAUUCUCGUUUUACAACAAAUUGUUUGAUAUGAAUGAAAGUAAGCAACGAUUGUCACCGCCAUGCAAAGAUUUUAAAAAAUUUUCAUUGCCACUUUCAAUGACAUGUUUGAAUGAUUUGUCACUUCCAUGCUUGACUUCGCCAACUUCUGGUCCAUUCAGUGAUGCGACGAGAUGGAGGCAUAAUAGUAAAAUUAAUGGCAAUCAGACAACAAAUCUACACGAUACCUCAAUAAAGCUCAAAAUCAAGGUCGAAGAUGAAAAUCGAUUAGAAAUGAAAAAUCAUUCAUUCAAUUCUUCUGUAGAAGAAUUUAUCGACGAUCAGUGUUUGCACUUUGAAGAAAACUUUAAUAAAUUAGGUGAGUUUGAUACAAAACUUUCUGACACCGCAUAUGACGAAAACUUUUCGAAAAAGUGGCGAGAGCUUGGAGAGAAAAGUUCUUUACAAAGUCAAUCAAACACUUGUUCGUUUGAUAUGGAAAAUAAAGUUUGUAACAUAUGUGGACAUGACGUUUUAAAGCUUUAAUAUUAAGGAAAACCUUCAUAUCAUAAUUAUUCAGUAUUCCUGAAAUUCUCUCG